AUGGCCGCCGCGGGGGCGAUCCACGCGCUCAGGGCGGAGCUCACGACGCUGAUCGCGACGCUGCCGGAGACGCUGCGAUCGUGCCGAGCGGAGACGCUCGCGAACGACGUCGCGCCCAUCUUCGAGGCGGACGACUACGACAGGACCCCGAACGUGGAGCCGGAACACUUCGAGUUCCAAGACACGUGGACGCACCUCGUCGCCGCGCUCCGCGAUCCGUGGCAGACCUCCGACGAGGCGCGCGCGGAGCUCGAGCGCACGUCCGCGGCGUCGGAGGAGACCUUCCGAGACGCCGCCGGCGACGACGCCCGCGAACGCGCCGCCGCGAGCGCGUCGCGUCGACUCGACGUCGACGAGGGGAUCCACCGUCCGUUGGGGACGGGUCUCGCCGCGUGCCAGGGAUGCGGCCGCGUGCUGCUCGCGGAGGCGUUGGCGGCGCACAGGAGGGACGCGUGCGUCGUCGCGAGGGAGGCGUUGGGGACGAGCGGCGUCGCCGCCGCGCUCGGCGGGGUGUUCGCGGCGGUUUCUGGGGAAGGACGCGAACGGGGCGGCGACGCUUCCGCGGCGGCGGCGAGCGGGGUCGGGGCGGCGGCGUCGCCGGGGAAGAAAGCGAAGAAUUCUUCGCGACGGACGUCGAUGAACGUCAACGACCUGGUUGCGAAGAAGGCGCGCGCGGGCGCGCCCACGGGCGUCGGCGCGGAUGGCGCCAUCGUAGACGCGUCCGUCGCGUUCACGAAGAGCGGCAAGCUGACGAAACGCGCGCAGCGCGCCGCGGCGGCGGCGACGGCGGCGCGCGCCGCCGCACAGGCCGCCGCGGCGGGCGGCGUCGCCGCGCCGCCGCCGCACGUCGCCGCCGCUGCGAUGCACGCCGGCAUCUCGAUGGGGAUGGGGAUGGGAAUGGGAAUGGGGAUGGGGAUGGGGAUGCCGCCGCCCGGGAUGGUGGAUCCGUCGCCGUCGCUCGCGCCGCCCGCGCCCGCGUACCCGUUCGCGCUCGGCGGGAUGGACCCGUCGCGGCGCGCGCAGACGCUGACGCGCCUGCGGGAAGUGCAUCAGCAGUACCGCUACCAGAUCGACGUCGUCAACGCGCGCGUCACGGUGGCGAACGCGGCGAGGGAAACGUCGAUGUCGACGCCCGGCGGGCGGUCGCGGCUGACGGCGUCGUUCCCGCCCGCCGUCGACGAGGAGGAGCUCCUCGACGCGUUGCGAAGAGAGGCGACGCACGUCGCGCAGAUGAUCGCGCAGCUCGCGGCGCCGACGCACCCCGGAUGGGACGCAAACGUGGGCGUCGCGGGCGGCGCGGAGGGCGUGUACGCGUACGGAGGACUUCGAGCGCCGCCGGGGGGGCAGGGCGGCGGCGGAAACGGCGGGGAUCGAACCGGCGGCGCGGUCCACCCCGCGGUGGCGGCGGCGCUCGAAGUCGCGGACCGGCAGGCGAAGAAUAAAAUUUUGCACUCCAUCUUCGGGAAGCGGAAGCGCGGGAGCGCGGCGUCGCCGACGAUGAGCGCCGGCGGCGGGGAUGGCGGCGGCGGCGGCGUCGGCGGCGGGUCCCCGGGCGGCUCCGCGAAGAAGCGCGCGACGAAGGCUGCGAUCGCGGUCGCGUCCGCGGCGGCGGCGAUGCACGCGACGCCGCAGCGCGCGACGGCGAGCGCGAACGGGUUCGCGCUCGUGGCCCCGCUCGCGGCGACGUACGACCCGCGAAAGGCGCGGGAGUUGAGACAACGCGCGCUGUACGCGGCGAUGUUUCACGGCACCGGGGAGGAGCUCGCGAAGACGAUCCAGCCCCACGUCGUGCCCGCGGCGGUGUACCUCAACGGAGGGAGGAACGUCGUGCAGGGGUACCCGACGGCGGCGAACUGA